GGGGGGGGGGCCGGGGGGGAGAAUGAGGCUGCGUCUGUUUCGCAUGGCGCUGUUAAGCUGUGGCUGCUCCAUCCUCCUGGCUCUCGCCUACCUGCACGGCUCCCUGGCUCCAGGUGUGGCCCCCUUCCGAACACGGAGCCUCGGAGACGUCGACGGAAUCCUCAGCUGGGAGCAGCGCAUGACGAUCGUCUCCGCGGACCCCGUGCAGCGCGCGAGGAGGGAGCGGCUCUCUCGGGGGUGCAACGCCAUCCAGGAGGGGGGGCUCGGGGGAGGCCCUGGAGGGGGGCCCAAGCGCCGGGUGCUGAGCCCCGCGGACCUCAAACACCUCCUGGUGGACGAUGAACACCGACUCAUCUACUGCUACGUGCCCAAGGUGGCGUGCACGAACUGGAAGCGCGUGAUGCUGGUGCUGAGCGGGCGGGCGAGGGGCCGCCAGGCGCAGGCGAUCCCGGCGCACGAGGCUCACGUGCCCGGCGCGCUGCGCUCGCUGGCGCACUUCAACGCCUCCGAGAUCAACCGCCGGCUCCACUCGUACCUCUCCUUCCUCUUUGUGCGCCACCCCUUCGAGAGGCUCGUCUCCGCCUACACCAACAAGUUCACCAAGCGGUACAACACGGCGUUCCACUCGCGCUACGGCACGCGCAUCAUCCAGCGGCACCGUCGCGCGCCGGGCGCGGAGGCGGCGCGGCGCGGCAGUGACGUGCGCUUCGAGGAGUUUGCGUGGUACCUGGCGGACCCGCGCACGCGCGCCGAGGAGCCCUUCAACGAGCACUGGGAGACGGUGACGGCGCUGUGCCACCCGUGCCACGUGCGCUACGACGUCGUCGGCAAGUACGAGACGCUGCAGCGCGACGCCGGCCUCGUGCUGCGGCUCGCCGGAGCCAGCGCCGACGUCGAGUUUCCCCCUGCGCCGGCGCGCGCCCGCCGCGGCGGCGGUGACGGCGGUGGCCGUGGCGGUAAAGGCAGCGAGGCGAGGAGAGAGGCGCUGAAACACUUCCGCACGCUCGGAGCGCACUACCGACGGCGCCUGUACGCGCUGUACCGGCACGACUUCCUGCUCUUUAACUACUCGGCGGCGGCGUUCAUGGACACGCGGUGAUGGUGACCGAAGUGGUCGCGAUGGUGGCGGUGGGGAGGGUGAUGAUGGUGGUAAUGUUGGUGAUAAUGGCAGUGAUGAUGGCGGUAACGGUGGCGAUGAUGCUGGCAAUUUGUUUGUAUGUUGAACUUCUUACGCACCGAGCCAUCCGUGCUCACCAAAGGUGCUAAUGAUCACGCCGAUGAUGAUAAUGACGAUGGGGGUGAUGAUGGUGACAAUGGGAUGAGUGAAGAUGAUGAAGAUGGUGAUCGUCAUCACGCAUCAUCACAAUCACCAUCAUAGAUUAAAUCAUAAUCAUCACCUAAACUAACAUCGCUGCCAUCACUAUCACUUGAAUCAUCGUCAUAAUCACCAUCAUCCCUAUUAUCAUCAACACCAUUAUCACCAUCAUCACCAUCACGAACAUCACGGGCAUCAUCACUAUCACUGUCAUCAUCACCACCACCACCAUCGCAAUCUUCACCACUACCAUAACUAUGAUCAUCAACAUAAAUGUUUGAUAUCAACCGCACGUGACCUCCGUGCAGUGAUCAGGUCACGCGAGGUCACGUGAGGUCACGCAAGGUCACGUAUUUUGGGGGAGGAGCCCCCGCCCCACCCCACGCCCCCUCCCCCACCCCGUCCAAGACUUGAGGUAGAAAUCCUGGGAAGCCUCGACACUGGCGCCCUCUGCUGCCUGCCACGUGUAAUUUACUGUCAUCUGUGGAGGAAAUUGUAAAUGGUAUUUUUUUAUGCAAUAGCAAUAAUUGUAAUAAAAAAAACUAGACUUUUGUUAUAUUUAAAUUAUUAUUUUUUACUUAAUAAGCUCACUGUUGAAUUUGGGGAAAAAGCGGCGUUUGUCUGCUAAGUAGAAUUAAACGAAGGGAAAAUAUUAGAAAUCUGCGCAGCUACUUCCGCCCCCUUCACCACCUCGCGUGAGACUCAAUGUCUCAAAGCAGGAAGCUUGACGCUUCCGCGGAUUUCUCAAGCGCCGAGCAGUGGACACCGGGUGGGUCACUGUGGUGGACAUUCGGAUAGUCACUGCGGUGGACAAUGAGUCACUGUGAUGGACACUGGGUGUGUCUGAUGGGUUACUGGUUGACACUGAGUGAGUCACUUUUAAAGUAGCAAACGAUAUUGAAAACUUGAGGUUCAUAGGUUCUCAAUGACUCGGGAGUGAGGUGUGCAUGUCUGUGUGUGUGUUCGAGUGCUAGUCUGUGUGUGUAUGUGGGGAGCGGUAGUGUAGCGGUUAGCGCGCUGCACUACGAACCUGGCCACCCAGGUUCGAUUCCCGUCCAGGACCAACA